GAGGGCACCGUUCACCCAGGGGGCCCAGGGUGCUGGGGCGCUCUGGGGCUCAGCCGCGCGGGCACCCGCACUCGCACAGGUGCGCGGAGGCAGCCUCAGUCCCCGAGCUCCCACAGGUGCGCGGGAGGAAGCCCUGCGCAUGCGUUUCGGAGCCCCCUCCUUGGGCCCCGAGUCCCGGGAUCGGGGAGCGCCCUGGCGGAGGGAGAGGCGUGGAGUGGAGAGAUUGCAAUUCUAGAGUUCAUUCUCCACCCACCCACCCACCCCCGCACCUGUUGGAGCCCGACUCUUGCAUGAGUCUGACCAGGGUCCCUCUGCUCAGGCUUGAUGCUCUGUUAACAUUAAAUAAGGCACUGGAAGACAUUCAAAGAAAUAGCAUGGCUGGGUCCCUAUGAGACAGGAAGGAAAUCUGUAUAUGCUGUACUUGCCACAGAAGUUCAGAUGAACUUGAACUUCAGGAAAAAGAUGUUGGAUGUGGGGACACCUGAUGUAACAACAAAGGAAGCCUGGAGGACAGCCCUUGAUGGAUGUGAGGGCCUUGCAAUGUGUGAGGUCACUGGUUCCUCUCACACUCCCAACCUGUGACCUAGAGGCUCCCCUGGUGACAGUGGGGACAGAUGUUCUGAGAUCAGAGAUACUCCACGGUAGUCAGGACAUAAACUCUCCAGCUAAGCCUUCCUUACUUUCAUGCCUCAGUGGCUCCUGACAGAACACGGAGAACCUUCAUACUCUGCAGACUGAGUGCUUGACCACCAAUGUGCGUGUCCUCUCUCCAUAGUGUAGAUAUGACUGAUAGCUUGGAUCAGCAGGACUGGCACGAGGCAAGGGGCGCGACUGCAACAUGCACUUGAGAGCUAGUCUUGUAGAGUGGGGAGCCCAGGUGUGUGGCAGUCUCUGGCCUGCAGGGCACCUCCACCUGGGCACUGCCAGGUGCUGCAGAUAACCUGCAUGCAAGUCCGACCACUGGUGACACUACUGAGUCCAAGUUUGGUGGGUGGUGCCUCUGGAGUGAGGACUGCUGUCCUCACGGGACUUGUGAACCACCACCCCCCAAAAAAAAGCGCACCCAAGUGGAAACUGUUCAAGUGCCAAGAGAGCUGUGAGAGCCAGAAGACACAAGGAGCCAGCGACCUCUCUGGAGGAGUCAGGAGAAGGAUGGUGUGCUGCUGAGCUGAGGUGGCUAGAGAAGACCCCCCCCCCAUGGAGACCCCGGUGGUCCCCUGUGUCCUCUACCCGGGGGAUGAGCGGGGGGCCGAACCCGGGGGUGUUCUGGCCCGUGGGACGUGUGGCCAGGCGGUGGGCCAGGGCGGCGCUCCCGAGGCUCCGGGUGAGGGCAGCCUGCAGCUUGCGGACUCGCCGGCGGGGGAGGGCGCGGCAUCCCAGGCGCAGACACCCUGCAGUCUGCGCGUGUCCUUGUGCUGCAGCUCUGGGGACAACUCGCCGCCACCUCAGUCUCCUGCCACCGCGGCCCCGGGCUCAGAGGCCUCCUCGCCCCCACAGCUCAGCGGCCACAGGGUGGUACAGACGCAGCGUCAGGUCAGCAGCCGCGCGGGCGCCGGGUCCCCGAAGGAGCGCGCGUCUCCGGAGCCCGGGUCCCCGAAGGAGCGCGCGCCCUUGCAAGCACCCGGCUUCCCCAUCGAACUCGCGUCCCCGGAGGGGUGCGGGUCCCCGGAAGAGCCUGUGACCCCCGAGGAGUCCGGGGACUUGGAGGAGUCCGGGGACCCCGCCCCGGUGCCCCCAGGGGUCGGCCCGGCCUACGGGGAACCCGACCUAGUGAUAGAGGUGUCGGGCCGCCGGCUGCGGGCUCACAAGGCGGUGCUUGCGGCGCGCUCCGACUACUUCAGUGCGCGCGCGUCCCGGGACGUGCUGCGGGUACGCGGCGUGAGCUUCGCGGCCCUGCGGCUGCUGCUGGCCUACGCGUACAGCGGGCGCAUGGCGGGCGUGCGACCCGACAACGUGGCGGAACUGGUGGCCGGUGCGCGCCGCCUGCAGUUGCCCUGCGCCGCGCAGCGCGCCACCGAGGCGGUGGCGCCCCAGCUCAGCCUGGCCAACUGCUACGACGUGCUGAGCACCGCCAAGCGGCAGCGGCUGACUGAGCUGCACGACGCCGCCCUGCGCUUCAUGAGCGACCACUACCUGGAGGUGCUGCGCGAACCCGCCGUCUUCGGCCGCCUGUCGGGCGCGGAGCGGGACCUGCUGCUGCGCCGCCGCCUACGCUCGGGCCAGGCCCGCCUGCUGGUCGCCGCGCUCGGGCCGGCGGGGGAUCGCACGGGCAGCCGCCCCCAGAGCCCUUCGGGGGACGCGGAGGGCCGCGGGGACGCCGCAGUCUACAGCUUCUACGCGGCGGCCGGCGAGUGGCGCUCGCUCACCCGGCUGCCCGAGGGCGCGGCGGCGCGGGGCUGCGGCGUCUGCGUGCUCUACAACUACCUUUUCGUAGCCGGCGGCUUGGGGCCCGCCGGGCCGGACGGCCGUGCGCGCCCGUCUGAUCAGGUCUCCUGCUACAACCCGGCCACCGGCUGCUGGAGCACCGUGCGCCCCCUGCGCCAGGCGCGCUCGCAGCUGCAGCUGCUGGCCCUGGACGGCCACCUGUACGCCGUGGGCGGCGAGUGCCUGCUCAGCGUGGAGCGCUACGACCCGCGCGCCGAUCGCUGGAGCGCUGUGGCCCCGCUGCCCCGUGGAGCCUUCGCGGUGGCACACGAAGCCACCACCUGCAACGGCGAGAUCUACGUGUCAGGGGGCUCUCUCUUCUACCGCCUGCUCAAAUAUGACCCGCGGCGUGACGAGUGGCAGGAGUGCCCCUGCAGCAGCAGCCGCGAGCGCGCGGCCGACAUGGUGGCCCUCGACGGCUUUCUCUACCGCUUCGACCUCUGCGGGCCUCGCGGAGACACGCAAGCUGCGGGGUCAGGCACGGGGAUCAGUGUGCUUCGCUACCAUUGUCUGGCCAAGCAGUGGAGCCACUUCGCCCCACUCCUGCCUCCCGGCGCCCCUGCCAGUCUGCAGCCCUUCCGCUGUGCAGCCCUGGACGGCUCCAUUUACUGUGUGAGCCGUGCUGGCACUUGGCGCUUCGUGCCGGACCAGGACGGUGGUGAGGGUGGCAGCUUCCAGCCCGAGGUGCUCGGAGCCCCAGGGGAUGCCCGUGGAUUUCUUGUCCCCUUUGUACUCAACUUGCCGGAGGAGAGGCCUGAAGGAGGCGAGGACAGAGGUGAUGAGGAUGCCUUGUAAGGCAGACAGGGAGCAGUUGAGUAUCUUCCACGAACAGCUCUGCGACAAGGGGACAGAUAAGAUACCCUGUGGGCUGAGGUCCCACUUGCGAGGGGGACAACGGAGAGGAGAGGGCGAGGGUUCUCUUAGACCCAGCUCACAGUGAAGUGCUGUGAAAUUUGAGGUUUGUUAGAGGGCUCUGCAAAAUUCUGCAAUGCUGAUUUCAGGUCUGCUUCCCUGCUAGCACCAUAUUCUUUCUGCUUUGCUUUGCUUAUGGGGUAGGAAGCAGGUUGUGUGCAAGUGAGCGCAUCAGUAGGAUCUGGCCUGGGAUGCUUGAGCAAGAAGGAUGUGGAGCAAAAGAUUGAGGUUCAAGGCUCAGUGGGUGGGUUCCACAGUGUACCUGAGAUGUUCUUGGUUGUUUUUUCUUUUUGGUGGAGUGGUGGUGGUGGUGGUGUCAGUAUGCUUUUGGGUGUACCCAGGAUACACUCUGUGAACUGAGGUGGACCAAAGUUGCACUGACAGGAAAGUCCCAGGGAACCUCACCUGUUGGACCCAGAAGUGGGUUAUGGGGAACUCUAUGAGCAGAACCAAUGAAAAGUCACACUUUAAAAAUUAGAACUGCUAAGCAAGACUCUUGAAAACUUCCUUAGUUAAAAAAAAGUUUCUGUCUCCAUAUGCUUAAAUUUGGCUGAAUUCCAAGGCCAAUAGGCACUGAAGGAGAAAUAUGUGAUUGCCAUUAUUCACACUUGCCCUGUAAGUGCCAGAAGUUUGUUCUGUGCUACAUGAUGCCCAGUACCAGGAUGACCAGUACACAUACACACCACACACACACACACACACACACACACACACCUCAGUGACCUAUAUACUGUAGGGAGAUGGAAUUCAUAUUUCCCAGUUAGAGGAUGGUGGCUUUUGUUCAAUGACAUAGCUGUGACUUACUCUUUGAACUUUGGUGACUAAAUGUCAGCCACAGACCAUGUUAGAAAUAGAAAAGCUUCCCAAUAGGGUGCUUGUCAGUUUUUCAGGGAACUUUGUAGCUUACUUGAUGUGCCCAGGCACAUUUACAUUUUUAUGAUGGGCUACAUUUAAAUACUAAAAAAGGACAUUUAAAAUUCUAAAACAAACGUGCAGGUAUGUUUUGAAUUCAUGACUUAGGCUGUUUUAACGAAUUAUGAUGGCAUUUUGGGAAGGGGAUUCAUUUCCACAAACACCCUUCUAACAUGGCUGAAUGACAAGGAUCAACUUGAUUAAGAAGAAAUAAUACACAUUUGAACUAUAGGUUAGCAAGACAGCCACAUCUUUCAAAUGGUGGAUUCCAAAGUACCCUGCUUGGAAUAAUAAUGAAACGCACUACUUUGACAGUAAGAAUUAGAAACAAAUUAGCUGAUCUAUCCUCAUUAUGAUGUUUUAUGUAUUUAUUUUUUAAAUUCCCCCCCCCCCCCCGCCCCAGCACUGCUCAGCUCUGGCUAAUGGUAGUGAGGGUCACUGAACCUGGAACCUUGGAACCUCAGGCAUGAGAGUCUUUUUACAUAACCAGUAUGCUGUCUUCCUCGCCCCUAUAAUGUUUAGUUUAGCUUUACUACUUAGCUAAGAGUUUCAGGAUAAAACAUAUCAUACAAAAGCAAGCUGAUCUGUAGUCUGAAUCCAGUCCAUCUCCUGAUUAUAAUAGGACCAAUGCACACUGAAAGUUACAGGGACAUAGAUGCUCUAUGUCAUUUUCAGUCUUGGGAUCAACCUCAUCACUCACACUGGUUCUGGGAACUUGUGGCACCAGAUUUGCAGUUGGAUGACUUGAAUUCUGAAUCUUUUUUGAUUUCUGACACCAAUGUCUUUUCUUUGAAGAGAAUGAGUGCUGUGGAAAUCCUUUUGUUCUUUAGUUAAAUUUCUUAUCUGUGUCACUUUUGCUACAAUCACCUCAGUAGAAAAUAACCACCUCCAUUUUGGUAAUUCCUGUGUCGUUUUAGCAGCGGUUGAAUUUGUUGAUCUCAUGGGUAGCUUCCUGUGAAAGCUUUUAAAGCAGAGUAUUUUAAAAAUCUUUUCCUAUAAGUCCAAAUCGAUGCAAUUCCUGAUCUGCUGUAACAUCUUAAGAGGCUGGAUGAAAAUGAAUGUGCUCUUUCGUGUACUUGUUUCAUAUGCUUUUUUUUUUUUUAAAGUAUAUAAAUGCUUUCUUUGGGGUUAUUCUUUUGGGCUUAUUUCCUCCUUUCCUUUGUCAGUGGUAUUACCCCUGGAAAUAGAAUAAUGAGAGCUGAAGUUGGAAAUGUGAGCAUGCUUUUGUUGCAUCCAAUUCAUGUUGGGGAUCACAUGCUCACCCUUUUCCCACCCAGAGAGAGGUGUUGGGCUCCACACAGCCCCACUCACCAGUGAACUGGUUUGAUGGAAUUAAAUACAGCAGCCGUGCCUCAAGAACCAGCACCCCAAAACCAUGGCUGAGUGGGGCUGAAGUCUCAUGUUCCUCCGGCACAGACCUCACCUGCCCCCUCCUGCACAGCUUGUGGACUUCCAGCAUUUGGGCUCAAGCCCCAGGCGCGCAUCCGUACAACCUCAUGUGUAUGUCAGACCAGCCAAGAUGAAAUAAAUCAUGUGACAUGCAGUC